GCCCAACAAAUGAGCGCCAAAUAUUGCCUACAGGUAAAUAUUUACUUUUUUGUUUUUGGUGAGGUGUUUCAUUUUGGUUUUCUGAAAUUUCCAUCACUAAUAUUAAACUAAUGGACUUUGAGUUGUUCAAUUUGGACGAAGACGAUGAAUUGUUAAGUACAGCUUGUUUAGAAGCUACUCAAUACCACUUGACGGCUCCGCAACAAACACAAACAUUAGCUGGAGCAGUUUCAGAGACCGUUCUCCCCGAGUUACAAUGUAGCGGCGAGGACUCUACACAUUCCCAAUUUGCCAUCGAGGGAUUUGUAAAAUGUGGUUUUAUGCUGGCACAACCCGCACAUGCUUGGCGGCAAAUAAGCGAAGAAGAAAUCCUUACGGAAUUUGAGUUUGGUGUGAAACACUUGCUUGAACAUGACGCGGUGCAAUUCCUCUUCGGCACUGCUUUUUUGCAUAUCCAACAUCUGUGGACUAGUGUGCGGCAGCCACUCAACACAAACGAAACGCACAGCAACUAUCAGCGCAGGCAACAAAUAACUCAUUUGCUCUAUUUGUUGUUGCAUCACACAUCCGAAGAGCAGUGGUCACUGUUGCGGCCCAACUUGGACAGUAUGCGUCGGUUAUUAAAUCGUACCACUGAAAUAGAUACCUGGAAGCUAAUCUACUUCGCCAAUAGUUGCAAAGGUAAUGAAUGCAAUGCGGCCGCAUAUCAUAUGUUGCAUGGCGCACUCGAGUGGAAAUUGUUGGAUUUGUGUAUUCUGUACAAAUUUGAAUUGUGUGCUCAUGUAGCGCAGUUAGAUAACAAUGCAAAGCCAAGUGCUACCUUUAUGUGCCAAUUGGAACGUUUAUUCGAGGACUUAAUGGCGUGCUCGUUGUAUUUAUACACAAAAAAACGACCUGCUGAACUACUGCACAGUUCUCCUUUUCCCUGUACAUGCAUAAAGGAGUGUUGGUUGUAUGUGCAACUUGUGUUGGAGAAAUGGGAGCUUACCUCACUUGCAGUAGCUGGAGAGCAAAUACAGUUUUGGCACAUUUUCAAUGAAACAAUUUCAAAACUAAAAACCCAAUUGGAUAAAUUCGCACUAACUACAGUAUCCCUUGCCGAAUUCACAAAUUGGAUACUGCAUGCAUUGGUACGUUUGUUUGGCUAUCACUCCAAUGGAAAAUAUGUUGGUCCAUCUCAUGAGCGCGCAUCUGUUGAUGCAGCAGAGAACUUUGAAAUUCUUGAACAAUGCACGCAACAGUUUCUUAAUGGAAAUCCCAGCGAGGAGCAGAUACGUGUCUUUAUUUGCCUUCUCACGCCAACACUAUUACAUUGGUGGUGUCCACGUGUAGGCAUACCUAUGCUACUGUGGGAGCACUUCCAUAAGCGACUCAAUGCAUCCUUCUACGCUGCAGGUUCUGCCCCAAGCAAUUUGGCAGUUGCUUGUGCCAGCGGUAAGGCAUAUGUGGAACGUUAUCGUGCGCUGCUCACACACGAAGAUGCUACUCACGAUGCUAAUUUAAGCAGUUACACGCUGUUUACGUUGCUAUUGGGCAAAAAUCUCCGAUGUUUAUUAGAAAAUACUGCGACGCGACAUCAAGCACAAAAACUGCUCGGGCGUAUCUAUACAAAAUUCAGUGCGCAAAAAUUUUUGGCAUUGAAUGAGACGGGUAUACACCACAUAAUUGAGUUGUUUUUAGCGUUAGCACUCUGCGGCGACUUUGUGGAACUAGCGCCAAAACUAAGUACUAAACUGCUUUCCAUUGCGUUGGAUAAAAUACCAGCAGGCCGCCAAAUUGCAGUCACUAAGGGUCAUAUGGCGCUACUAAUACUCUACGCCGAGCAGCGUUGCGAAAUUGACGAAUAUGUGGCGAAGAUUCUACAGCAGCUUUGGGCUAUAAAUAACGAUUUGAGUGUCUCAAAAGUACUGGCAGAUGCCUUAUUAGAUAUUUUCAUGCAAGCGGAUGAUUUUCGGCGCGGUGAGCACUUGCUCAUUGACACAUGGCUGCCAAAUUUUCUUCAAACCUGCACCCCUGUGGAGCAAGAUCGCAGUCUGGAGGCGCUCCAUCUUAUAUUCGGUAAGCUACAGGGCAAUGAAGCGCUUAUCGAGGCCAACUCUGAACUGUUCCGAGCACUCAAUACUCACGUGCUGCCAUUUGUAAAGCAACAAUUUGCUUGUGGCUAUAGCCAGUGGCUGCCGCAGCUGGCGGCGGACUUUUGCACACAUUCAUGCACUGUGCCGGACACGCAGGCGUUUCAAAAACUAUUUACUUGCUUCAUCGAUGCGCCAGUGGCGUGCCGACAGGCUUUACCGCAGUUUCUACGCAAAGUAUUGCAAACAGAUCGUGGCGCGUUGAUUGAGCCAAAUGUGGUGAUACAUGUAUGGCUAAAGAGUUUGGUACAAUUGACCGCCAUCAACGAGGAUGUGGGUCAGUUGACGCGAUUCGUUGUGCAGCUUGAUGAGUUCAGAACGAUGACCAACGACUUGAAUGUGGAGGAGCUGGUGCAAGCAAAGGAGCCGCUCUGCGUCUUUAUAGCAGCAGUGGGCAAAUAUUACGACUUGUGCGCAACGGAUUACCAACGCCGCUUUCGCAUUGCGGACAAUUUGAAUUCAUACCUAAGAAAUUUUGACAAGUGGUUGCAGUCGGACCUAAAGCAAGAGAAAACAGAAGUGGCCUUUCGUUUUUACAGCUUCCUCGCGAUAGUAAUUUACAAUUGUGCUCACAUUGUCUACACGAAAUCCAAGGUAAAUUGCUUCUUUCAUGUCGUCAUGACGCGCUUUGUGCUGCCCACUAACGUGCAGAUGGGCAAAGCGCCAGACGGAAAGCUGGCGCAUUUGAUACAUAAAAUUUGGCCGGUGCUCGUGCAAGGCAUUGGAAGGUUAAAUUUUAGAGCCGACCCGUACAUCGGUAAAACGCUCACAGACCUGAUACAGAAGUGGACGCCACAUUUCAAAAUUUCACCAAACGCUAAAGUGGUUGCACGGCCUUUUGUCAGUUGUCUGCAAAGCGACAACAACGAGCUGUCUUUAUUCGUCUUCGAAAAGCUAACGAACCUAUUUUUAGCUACGCAACGCCGUCAAGCCGAUCCGAACGCCUGUCUUGUAGUUACAAUUUUUCAGGAAGUGGUCGAAUCAAUCGACACCAGUGGCAGUCCAAUCGACAUAUUAACGCUGCGUCUAGAUACUUUUAUGAAAGCCACGUCGCUACUCAUGCUCGAGCACGUCAUGAUGGUGGACGAGGUGGUGCCCAGUCGCGGACUUCUGCUCGAUUUAUUUAAACGUAUUGUCAAAAGCACUACUUAUAAGAGUUCAGCUUCGCUGCAGGCACUACUCUCUGAACAUUUACGACUGCUUACCAAGAAACAUUUGGCCUAUUACACAUUCUUCUUCUUCGAUCUGCUGCAACGGUUUGCGCAAUUCACACCGGAGACGAUCUUGCAAAUCAUGGAGUUUUUAGUCGCUGAAGUGCGUGUCGUAGAGCAAAAGCGUGGCGCUGGCGAGGAUAAUCGCAUGAGAGGUUGCUUGCAAAAGUUGCAGCAAAGUUUGAAAGGAGUUAGCCCAAAUUAGGAAGUGCGUGUAGUUCGUAACACGUUUAUUCAUUUCCAAUAUCACUAUUGUACAGCAAUUUUGAGCUGUCACAAAAACUCGUUGAGUAUCUGAAACAAUUCUGAAACUUUCUGACUAAUUGAUUGAGAUUACGAAAGGGUUGAUCAUCAUCCCUGCAAGACCUUCAAAUUUCAGUUGUACAAAUAAAAAUAAGCUUUCAUGUGUAGAUUUAAGUAACCAGUAUUUUUACUAUAUUUGUAUGUAUGUAUGUUUGUCCACCGCAUUUUAUGUAUUAAUUUUUAAAAAGCCUUUGCUGAACUAAAAUAUUUUAUGUAGUUUGCCUUAAUUAAAUGCAGCAGAAAAAUAAUAAUAAAUGUUAUUUUGUAUGAAUUUCGUCCUUUUUAUAAGAAUUUUCAAACAGUCAAUUUGUAUAUUUUAACAGAAUUUCGAAAAGCAGAAAGUCAGUUGAGGUUAAGACAAAAAACAUAAAUUGUUCCACAAUACAGCCUAAAUGCAUUAUCUGAUAUUUUUUAACUUCGAAUUUUCGCACAUAUUUUCGAAAUAUCUACAAAAACUCAUUAGUUAUCUUAAAAUUGCACCAUUAAAUACAAUAUUUUUUUAAUAAAUUUUCUCACUUCGAAUUUCCGUACAUUCGAAAAGUACAUUUAAAAUACUGAAAAUAUGUCUGUGGACUUAUUUGUUGUAACAGCAUACAUAUACGGAGAAUGUUGCUGAAGUCGCAGUCCUUGGCCGGAGAUAAAUUCGAGUCGUACCGGUUACUUAGAACCGACUGUCGUAGGAGCGUAAUUUAGUAUUUUAUUCAACUUUUAUUAAAAUGGUUACUCCAGUUACGGCAAUAAAUGAUUAAUUGAUUAAAUAUUUCUAGAAAAGUAAACAAUUUAGUGCCUUAUAAAAAAAAGGUGCUAAGUCGACUUAAGUUGUUUUAUCAAAAGCCGACUGACAUAUAACUUUUUUAGCCUGAAAUAUUCGAAUAUUUAAAGGAUUGCGCUUUAAUCUCUUACUUGCGUAAAAUUAAUAUUCAAUAAAAUUUAACUCAAGAAAAAACAAACAUGGAGCUAUUGAAACUUUAACUAUCGAUUUUGUUUUUUAGUUUGUUAAAAUAACAUCUAGGAUGGGCCAGAAAUUAAGCUUAUGAGUUGAUAUUUACAAAAGUAGUUGCUUAUCGCUUGAACAAAGUGGAACCACUACAAUUUUGCGUAAUUUUUGAGAAAAAGCUAGAUCUGUAACGCUGGGUAGAUACCAUUUGCGCUGAGAUACUAUCUGCUGGUACAUAUCAAACAAUCAGAAUCAGUAAAAAGGGAGCGUGUCAUUAUUCUGUAUUACAAAAUUCAGGGUGACAAAAUUCUGUAAAUUGCAAAAAAAUUCUGCUUUUUAAAAUUCUGCUUUUUUAAAAUUCUGCUUUUUAAAAUUCUGCUUACUAAAAUUCUGCAUGUUUAAUGCGAACAAUUCGCUUUAUUCAAGUUUUGUGAUUUUCGUCAUACAAGAAGUAACAAAAUAAACAUUUAUUCCAUAAAUAUACAUAUGUAUAUGUUUAAGCGAUAACAAUAUUUUAGUUUAGCCAAUUACAAUAUUUUUUGGAAUUCUUUUUAAAUAUGUAGUGUGACUUAAUUCAUUUCUUUUCUUAAUAAUUCUUCGCAGCUGUUCGUUUUUUUUUUAGAAGAGUUCUACGCAAAAAAUACUGUGGAUUGCGUAGCCGGAGUUGGACUGAUGAGGGUUAUUUUUUUGAAGCGCGGCCGAAGGCCGCCCACGCGAAAAGGAGUUCCACGCAAAAAUACGGUGGAUUGCGUAGCAGAAGGCCGCCCACGCGAAAAGGGGUUCUACGCAAAAAUACGGUGGAUUGCGUAGCCGGAGUCGGACUGAUGAGGGUUAUUUUGUUGAAGCGCGGCCGAAAGCCGCCCACGCGAAAAGGAGUUCUACGCAAAAAUACGGUGGAUUGCGUAGCCGGAGUCGGACUGAUGAGGGUUAUUUUGUUGAAGCGCGGCCGAAGGCCGCCCACGCGAAAAGGGGUUCUACGCAAAAAUACGGUGGAUUGCGUAGCCGGAGUCGGACUGAUGAGGGUUAUUUUGUUGAAGCGCGGCCGAAAGCCGCCCACGCGAAAAGGAGUUCUACGCAAAAAUACCGUGGAUUGCGUAGCCGGAGUUGGACUGAUGAGGGUUAUUGUUUUGAAGCGCGGCCGAAGGCCGCCCACGCGAAAAGGAGUUCUACGCAAAAAUACGGUGGAUUGCGUAGCCGGAGUCGGACUGAUGAGGGUUAUUUUGUUGAAGCGCGGCCGAAGGCCGCCCACGCGAAAAGAAGUUCUACGCAAAAAUACUGUAGAUUCUAUCGAAACUGAAGAAAAAAUUAUUAUUAUUAUUAUUUUUUAUUUAAUAUCUCGAAUAAUAAUAAAAAAAAAUAAUAAUAAUAAAUUAAAUAAUUACAUUACCUCUUUAACAUUGUUUACAUUAUAUUUUAAUACAGAAUUUUGAAAGCAGAAUUUUUGGAAAGCAGAAUUUUAAAAAGCAGAAUUUUGUUUUUAGAAUUUUGUACAUACAGAAUUUCGACACCAACCCGUAAAAAAGUAUAGUAUACAAAUGAAAUUAAAAAAAAUGUUUAACCACGAGGGGGAAAAAAUUAAUAAUAAAAAAUAUUCCAUAGUUUUACUUUUUUUACCCAUAAUAAUGGUCCGUAUUUUACACGUUUUUUUGCUUCGUAAUGGUCCCUCCAGAAGUAUUUGGAUAUUUCAAAAAAUACACUAAUAUUUACUGAAACUAAAAUCUACGCCAUAUUUAUUCGAUGUAUACGUAUGUAUGUAUAUUUGUCAAACAUAUAUUUUGUAUGUACGUUUAUGUGAUUAGAUAUAUAUAAUGUUAUAGGUGUAUUUUAUAAAAAAAAAAACAAUCAAUGAUAUACAAAAUGCACUUAACACUUAAAAUUACGCGUACGCAAUAGACGGAUAUGCGGGAACAAAAGGUGCGGCGCUCAUGUACUCUUAAAGAAUACACAAUGCUCGAAAGUAGACAUCUACACAUAUAAUAAUUUCCUAAGACCAAAAUUACAAUACAAUAAUCUUUUGUAAUAAACAAAACUACUUUUU